CUGCCAUGGAUGCCCUGCUCGAGUCAGGCCGCGUACAAUACUCUAGACGGCGAGUGCAUACACGUUACAGAGGCAUAUUAUUAUUGCAGCAACCAGCAUGUGUUUGACGCGACAUUCCGGAGGACAGAGGGAGAUCUGGAAGAGAUCUAGGCUGCAGUGAUUGAAUUUGGAGGCGACUCCCAGAAGAGAAGACCGUGUUUUGGGCGGAGCUUGGACAUGGCUUCAUAAAGCAUCUAUCCUAGUCUCCUCCUCCCAUCGCCGCUCUCUUUCUUUCACCCACAUACUCUCUGCAACCAUGGCUUUUCCCAUUAUUGACAACCGCACCGACAACAAGGCCACUCCCAAAGUCGAGCACUCUCAGCCCAUCCCCAUUGCUACCGGUCCAGCCCGCCGUCGUGCGGGCUCCAUGUACGAUGACUCCUCGCCGACAUCUUCCACUUCCUCUGAUUCUUCUUUGAAUUCCCCCACGUCUCCCGUUUCCACCGACCCCGUCAACCAACCUCGCGUCGGCGCACCCCUUUCGCCCUCCACCUCCCCCAUCCUCUCCUACUUUCUCAGCAGCACCUCGCCCAAAUCAACAAAUGCCUCGACGUUCCCCUUCCGUCGAACCUUUGGCCCAGUUGUCGUAGAGGGUAAGCACCUCAGUUCAAAGCUGCUGAGCCCAGCUCUAAACUGUUGUGUAUCCGUUAUUUACUAUUCAGAUGAUACAGAAUCCGAUACCAUUCCUCCCCCUGUGAAGCACGCCCGAAGCGUGAGCAUUGCUGGGGCAUGGCCAGAACGUCUCGUCUCUCCUCCACAACAGGAAACCCAAACAACGACUUCUGGAGCUCCUAUCACUGGCUCUCAGCAAGGUCGUGCUGCAGGUCUUCUCAGGAGACUCUCUUUAGGUGCAGCGCUCAGGCCUCCAGUCCCCCAACCAAACCCAAACGCCAAUCCCCCCACGCGAACCCGAGGAAGCUCACCGCCUCCGAAUUCGCCUGAAGCAGAUCGUAGGAUCCCAUCACCUCCUACCACCGCCCCUGGCAUUCGUAAUGUCAACGGAAGCCCACGAAAGGCUCGUCGUGCGAAUACGAUGGCUUCUGGAACCCAAAGACCUCCGAGGGCACCAUCCCCAAUGGGUGAGCGCAUUCUCAAGGGGCACUUUGAUGGGUUCAACUAGUUCGCUCGAUGAGCGAACGGCUUGGGGGAAGGAUGCUAUCCUUGCGAAUAUGGAGAAGACCUAUUGAGGUCGGAUCACACGUCGGACAGCAUGUAUCACACAUCGUUCUGAUUGGCUUCGUCCUUCUUGCUCACUUCGCCACUCGACAUCCAGCAUAUUUGGCCUUGUCUAUUCGCCUGCUCUUUCGUGCAUUCCCACCCAUCGUCACAGGCACCGUUCCAUAUACAAUCGUCUCCUCAAUCGCCAUUAAAACGCCUCAAGCAUGUUUCAAACCUAAUGUACCACCAGCAUAACAGCGGAUUCGGUUCCGAUGCUCGCAAUUUGUAUAAUCUUGUAUUCUUAUCCACCUCGUCUCGCCUGCAGGUUCUACUCCCGCAGGUUUCGGACCCGCUUAUCGUCUCGGCUGGGAGGGUUGAUACGCCUACCUCCAAACGCGUUCACAUUCUACCCCUGUCCAAUAUCCAAUAGUCGUCAAACUUCCGGUGUCACCACGGAAUCGUAUUUUCUAAUUCCAGUCACAGCCAACAUCGGCUGCGCAGUUCGGAUGCGGCGGCUUGGCGGACAUUGGCUUAACUUUCCUGGACGACAAUGGACGUGGUCGGGAUAUCAUAUCUGCGUCCCCCUUCUCAUUCGCUUUCGCUCUCUGUUCCAACCAGACGGUGGACCUGCGGAUUCAAGUUGUAACCAAGGCGACCUUUCUUUCCAUACGCUCUUGAGAAGACAAGCAGAGGUUCGAGCGGGGUCAGAUGAGGACUUGGGACGUCGGGAGUGCUCGUUUUCGUGUAUAGAGCUUGUGACGAUCCCCCGUUCAGUUUCUCGACAGGUUCGGCUGGGCUUAUCUUGUGCUUAGUUCGUUAAACGCUACGUUG